GGUCGAUAGGGAGACGUCAUUUCAAUCUUUUGACGGCGUUGCGCAAAUUAUAAUUUUUGACUCUCACUCAUUGCGGCUGCCAUGUUUUUUUUCAUGUGGGGUGUAUGUGUAUAGAAACUAUCAUGAUAAUUUCACCAUAUAAACUACUAAGGAAGCAAGGGGUGCAGUAAGUGCGUAAUUCGUUAAUAGCUAGUGACAAUGAACAAAAUUUACUAAACGCGAAGACCGUCUCGAGAGCAAACUACGAACCACUAGCAAAGAUUAGGCCAAAGAAAUAAGGAUGUUUUAGUACGCUCGCAUCCUAAGGAUCGAUAUAAGCACACGGCCCCUGGCAAUUGAAAAAUGGACAUUCGAUUUUUGAGCAUUAUGAUUGUGUUUGAUAGCAGCAAAGAUUAUAUCGGGCAGGAUGCGUAAGCAUAAGAGAGGGAGCCAGGCCUACGCCUGCUGGCCUGCUACAUCCAGAGAACUGCAUCUGAUUCCGCACUCCAUCUGAUACUUGCACACAAUACACAGAGGAUAUGCAGUGCCCAAUUGUUCAGGAAAGGGACCGUAACCGGGGAAAUGUUAAAAUGAAGACUUUUAACACUUUUAAGAAUUCUUAUAAAAAGGAGUCUAAUCUGGACAACAUUGUUGAUCAGCUGUGCACAAGACUUCAAGAUAUUAAAGAUCAAGAAAGCGCGUCGCUAAUAGGCAUGCCCACGUGUUCUUUGGAACAAACAGAGGCUGUGCGUCGAUAUUACGCUGCAUUUCCGGCUCUAAAGAAAGGACAAGAGUCGCCAUUGCAGUAUUAUUUGCCGCCACCGGCCUGGUGUCGUAAACAUACGCCCGAUACGAAGGUCAAGAUGCAAAGUGAACUCUCAAUGUCUAAAGAUUGGAAUUCCAAAAAUAAAAAGUUUUGUCCCGGUAAAGAACGUCGGAACUCGUACCACGGUCAAAAAAAGAAUAACAGAAGAAGAUAUAAUAGUUACACUAGAUCAUUUGAGAGUAAAGAAAAUCUACCUGAGUGGAUGACGCACGAAGGCGUUUGGGAUAUGGAAACUCAAGAUCCAGUUAAGGAGUUUAUUAGAGCAAUAGCAUUGGAUGAAGGUUAUGGUACUUGUGAGAACACGGUGACUGACGAUAUUAAAGAUAUAACCCAAGUAAAGUUCAGAUUUAAAGAAAACAUGGUGCCCGACUGGGAUGACAGCCUCGACCUCGAUGCUGAGUGGGUCAUCACAGAUGAUUUAAACCCGCGGGCGAGAUCUCCGAUGGAGGAAGAGCUAUACGCGAAAUUCGAAGCGAAGUUCGAUAGAAGCAUCGAGGCGCUCUGGUCGAAAGACCAGAAUACUCCAGAUGACGAGUAUCAGGACCUGCCGAUCGAUUUUCAAGAUUUACUCUCGUCACCCUCCGAUCAUCUCUUCGCCGAUCCGUCCGCCGAAAAGUGCAGCAUGAUCUCGCUUACCGAGAGCAUUUGGUCUAACGACGUCCCUGACGUUCCGAGUGGCGAGCGAGCCGACCGUGCCGACUCGCCCACCCUCAUCGCCGAGGGUCUCCACGACCGCUUCCGCCCGCUCAACAUCGACGAUACGGAGCCGCCUUGUCCGCGCGAGAUCGAGUCUUUCUCGCUCUACGAUGGCGACGAGCUGUACGAUGCGCUCUCCACCGUCGCCAAGACGAUGCGCUCCUUCACCGCCAUCAAUCACAGCCGUGACCGCAGCGGCUUCGUCGAAGUGCCGCCACGGCGCCGAAGAGACGAGGCGCCGGCUGCACCGCCACCCCGCGCGCCGCUCAUUACGCGCACUCCCGUUGAGCGCGAAGAUCUACUCACAUCUGCGCGAACACACUUCCGCCCCAUCCGUCGCGAGGCCGAGGCCGAGCCGACGCGCUACGCCGACGGCGACACUUUUGACAUCCGCGGCGACCUCGACCCCGUCGAGUUCCGGCGCAGUGAGUCUGGUGGUGUCUACCUCGGCGGGUCGCUCGAGCGGUAUCUCGAGUACCGCGUUGCGCGGAGCAUCGACUACGGCCGACUCAACCUGACCGCCGCGCAGCGUUGCCCGGAUCUAGACGACCCGGGCUUUCGGCUGCGCUUCCCGGUGCGCCAGAUCGAUGCCGGCGUUCAAACCGAGCGCCGUGCGGACGCCGCCUGGGAGUGCGACGAGUGCGGCGGUUCCGCCAAGAAAAUGCGACCGAGCGCGAUCCGCAGCAUCUGGAGCGAGUCGCACGCGUGUGAGUGCGGCGGCGCGGCGGGCGGGCCGGGCGGCGGGCCCGGAGAGCGUACCGCCGCGCCGCCGCCCGACGAGCUGUCUCGCGAGUGGGAGGAGCUGCUGGAAGACAUAAGCGCGGCGCACCGGCUGUACGCGAGCGAGGCGGGCGAUGCGUGCGACGACGCGGGCGUAGGCGCGGACCGCAAGCGCCGCCACAGCGCGGCGCUGCGCUGCGCGGUGGCGCCCUGCUCGCACCCGCACGCCCGCUUCCUGCAUUGCUGCGCUACGGCGCUCGACCGCCCGCUUACGCGCUGACCGCCCGACCCCGAGCCCGAGGACCUACACGCGCCGCCCGGUUAUUCGUUAGUCGGUCGUAUUCGCUUUUGGUAUAAGUACCCCUCGAAGUGCGUAGUUUGUAAAUUCGUUUCGAUCUUUUGAUAUUCAAUUGUAGUUUGGGUGCGAGACCACCACAACCUAGAUUUUUCCUUUUCGAAGGUGACGCGACAGUUGCCCGAUGAAACGAAUAUUAUCGACUUUUUUAAGUGUUUGACUGACCAUCGUUUAUUUUGAAUGUAGACGAAUAUUUUGUCUACCUGUAGUGCCUUGUUCGUAAUAUUAAAGAUAAAUUGACGUAAAAUGACAAUUUUCCUCUAGAAAUGCUUCAGGCACUACGACCGACGAAUAGAAUAACUCGGUAGCGAAACGUUGUCAGUAUCGUUUCGAAUAUGUUGGAAUCGUUUUUUACUUCGGGUGCAAAUUUAAGGUUUAGCAAAUAGUUUUCAUAUGUUUGUGGCAUGUUACGAGAGAAGAGGUCAGCUUAGCACAUUAUUUACAGGAACUUCAUAUAGUAUUAACAUUGAAUUCAAAAUCGCUAGCUAAUAUACUGUGAUCUUUAGCGGAAACAUAUUGGCCUUAGAAACUGUAAAUUAUGAAAUCACAACAUCAGUAUGUGAAUAUUGUGUCAAGGUGGCCUUUAUCGAUUAUUUCUUUUACUGAACGAUUAUAUUACGUUCGUUGUAUAUAUCGCCUAUCGAACUUGUUCUUAUACGAAAAAUUUAAGUAAUUAUAAUGUCUCUUCCUGUUAAUCAUGUCUCUGGUAACAGGAGUGGGGAUUCAAUAUAAAAUCGCACUAUUUCAAUACAUUGAAUGCGCUUGAAUAUUCAUGUUUGAUGUUUCCAUUUUCAAGUCGCAAUAUAAUGAAAAAUAGCAAUAAUAAUAAUAUAUUAAAUUAGAUUCCUUAACUUUACCGAAUGUUACGGUCGAGAUUCAAAAGGGCUAAAUGUGCUAACAUAUCGUAUGAUUUCUAGGAGUUGAAGAAGACGAGAUAAUUGAUUGAUCAUGUUAGUUUGUUUUCUUUGUAGCGAUUUUAUAUUGAUGUAGGGAUACUCAAUGAAAUGCUGCUGCUUAUACAUUUUUAUUGUUUUAGUAAAUAACAAGUAUUCAUUGAAAAUGAUUUUUUUAUAGUUUAUCAUAGUUAUACCGAACUUAUUAUCUGUUGGUCUGUAUUUAUAUGAUUUUUUAAAUAUAUUAAUAUUUUCGAUCUGUUAAAAUUUUAUAUACUUUAAAGCGAUAGCAUUUCAUUUUGAGUAUUAGGACGAUUCUAAUAUAAUUCUUACAAUAAUAUCGUCCCAAGUUGUUUAUACAAUUUGUUAAUAUGAAACUAGUUAACCGGUAUUUUAUUUUUUGUUAGUAUUUUUUCGUUUUGUUUUCUGACAAUCAAAAUUUCAUUAAAAAGUGUAUGGUAAGAAAUUUAUUUUAUAUAAAAAAAUGGAGGCAUGAAGUAUAAGGGAGAAGAGCAUCUGGACGGUCAGUGUUGGGCACUUGGUUAAAACAAAAAAUUGACGAAGAAUGUAGCGUUAUAUAAAGUAUACAUAAAACUAGCUGCAAAUGCUGCUUUUAUUUAUUGGAAGUGUCUAAUGCUGAUAUUGCUUUGGCAAAAGUCUGGGUGCUAUAUAUAUUAGUAUUCGUUAUUAAGAGGCAGUGGACGUUUUGUUUUAAUGGUUUGUCCAGUAUGUCUUAAGUUUUAUACGCGGCGAUUUUAUUGAGUAGCCGCAUAAUUAAUGGUAGGAUGGCAGAUAAGUGAUAGUUGGAGGGUUUGGGUAAGGAUUGAACUCACAUCUGCCUCUAGUAGUAAAGUGUCAAGUUUUUUUAUGAAGUUGGACAAUGUUUAACUUUGGGGCGUUUAGCAUCGCUCCUUAGUGCGUUAUGUGAAGAGAUGGGACGGUGGUUUGUAAGGUGAUCUUCGAUAGUUAUAUUUACAGUCCCUGUUCAAUAUUUUUUAUAAUUUAUCAAUAUAUAUCAUGUACUUGAUUUCACUGUGAACUGUUUGCAUUAUUGGCAAAAUGUUAUUUCAUAUUAAAACAGCAUGCAAAAUAAAUUUAGAGAAUAUUGAACAGUGAUAACAUUAAAUUGUAAUAUAAUUUACAGCUCCAAAUAUGGAUUGUAACAGUUCAUAUAGGCGUAACUGUUAUUAUAUAGUUUAUGUAAAGCGUAAGAAGUGUAUAUGUUAUAUUUUGUAAUUUUUAUUGGAGUCUGCGGUUUCCGCUUUAGGUAAAUCGCCUUUUUAUAGAGCCCAAUUUUACCCACAACGUGUUUUUAUAAUGCACUGGUAACAUUGUGUCUCUGUGGAAGACUCACAUAUCAUUUAUUUAUUUCAUUUAAAAGUCUUUCUUUAAUUAUUACAUUUCAUAUAUUUCAUAACUUUGCUACGUUUUGUCGUGUUUAUGUAUUUAUUAUAUAUACAUAUAUAUGUAUGAUUUCUGUAGUGUGACUUCUGUUUGUAAUAACUGAAAAUCAAAAAAUAAACAAAAAAAAUAUGUCGUUGCAAAAAAUGCAUUGGUAUGACAACUGUAUAUAUUUAAUAUGUGAAGUUAACUUAUAAGUCAUUUCAGUUUUAUAUAAUAUAUUUAUUGUUUUUGAUUUGUCGUGUCGGAAAUAUAUAAGCUAAUAUCUUUAUUAUUCGAGUAAUAGCGUGUUCUCGACAUGUUUCAGACAUGGCAACACUACUCUGUAUGACUUAUCAGAAUAGAAAUGAGCAAAGUUGAUAUUUUUAAUCUCAUCAAACUAAUGAACUCAUUUUUCAUUUUAUGUCAUUUAAUAUUAUGAGCCCAUCUCUGUUUUCAUUUUGUUCCGUCAUAGGUCAUAUUAUAUUGUACUUAUUCCAUUAACGAUAUUUGCUAAAGAAUACUUGAAAAAAAAAAAACUUUCAGAAAAUCCAAAAAAAAAAAUUGUAAUAAUUAUAGUCAAGUUCGCAUAUAAUAUUAUGUUCGAUUAGCUCUUAAUCUAAUGUAAUGUGCCUGUGCACUUGAUCUGUGUGUUUAUCCUUAACAUCUGGAUAUUAGUUGUAUUGUGACAACGCUAGUGUUGUUUUUAACAACUGACGGGCUUGUGACGACCUUAGAUGGGGACAUAAAAACCAGGUUGUUGCAAGUCCAAAGUAAUAUGCAUCAAUAAAACUGUUGCAACCGGCGAAAUUAUUUCCGUAAGAGAUGGUUCAAAGCGUGUAUAUUUCAGUAACUAUUAGUGAAAUACGAAGAACUAUCGAAUACGACACAUUUACCAUACGUUACUCCACUAUGUAUACGAUUUAACUGUUUUGUGACGAACCAGCUGUCAACAAAUCAAUUUGCACGACAUAAGUGGAAAAGCCAGCCACUGUUUCUGUCUUCCCGCGCUAAUGUGAACCAGCGCUUACGACGAUAUGUAACGAGUUUACAACAGCUUUAUUGAUUCCAUAUUGAUGUCGCCUCUAGGUUCGCUUGUAACAAUUUCAGAUUAAGUAUGAACGGAAAUUUAAUAUUAUUUAUGUACUAAGAUUGAUGGUCUUUAUAAAUAUGGAAAAUAUAUUUCUAUAUAAAUGCGGACCCUGAAAACAUACUCCGACUUUCGUAUUUAUAAAAAUCAUAGGAAGAUGUGCACUGUUUAAGGUUAGGAAAUUGAAAAAUAGAGAGAAUAAUAGAGGCGAUCCUAGUUAUAGUCCCCUAAGUUAUUUCACACUUUAUAAAACCACGAUAUAACACUUAGUGGUGAAUGAGCUUUUUGUCAGUAUGUAUUUAUAAUUCGAUUUGUAAAAUUUCACUUCGGCGAAUAUUUACUUCCUAAUAUCAUGUUGAGAUGAGAGCAGUAUGUUUUUCAAUUCAUCAUUUUUGAGACACAUCGCUAAUCACCACACGUUAAAAAACAUUUUCAAUAAAUAAAAAAAAUAUAAAAAUGCAUGUAGAUAUUUCUAAAGACUAAACCUUGCAUUGCUCUCGUCUCAAGAAAAACUUAAAACAAGUCGGCUUGUAACCGAUCGCCGACGAUAGCCUUGGUUACAUGCAUAUUUGUUACUGUUCAUCUCAAUAUAUUAUUUCUUUUGUUUCCAAAAUUCUGUAAUUCAUUAGACAAAAGUAUCUUGUAAACCGGGGUAGUAGCAGUACUUAAGGGAUUUCACAUUUUUUAUUUGGUGCCAAAAUAGACAUGCAAUUAAUACCAUUUUACACCACAUCUCUACACAUGCAAAUAUCACAAACGUAAAAUUGCAAAUUUUGUAUUAGCUAUAUUUCUGAAAACAUAAUUAAUUACGGAUGAAAUACGCAUAUUUUGGCACCAAUUGUUUCGUUCUUUAUAUUAUGUAGAGGAUUUAGGUUAGACGUUAAAUUUAUAAAAUUGAAUUUUAAGAUGAUACAACCGUUACUAAAUCAAUUAGAAGUGGUUAUCCCUGAAAAUAGUUACCAUUUUCGUUUACGUUAGGUUGUGCUCACUACUCUGGUUCUUGCCACCUUUGGGAAGAUAAUAAAAAUAAACAAAUCA